CCCCUCCUCCCCGAAGUUUCCAGCAGCUGCUGCUGAAGCGCGGUGUGGGAGAAACACGAGCACCAGCGACCCGCAGCCACUCAGCGACCCCGCAGCAUGUCUGAUCUACCCCCGCCGUGACCCGCAGAGCCCCACAGUCAUGACUGGAUCUUUACUGAGACUCUAUUAGUUUAUUAUUAUAAAUCUGCAGAACGAGCUGCUCCUCGGCUCUCCGCGCUCAGUAUUGAUCAUGUUCGGAUGUCUGGUUGCGGGCAGAUUGGUCCAGACAGACGCUCAGCAGGUGGCGAGCGACAAGUUUGUGUUUAACCUGCCGGACUAUGAAAAUGUUAACCACAUCGUGGUCUUUAUGCUGGGUACAGUGCCUUUUCCCGCUGGCAUGGGCGGUGCCGUCUACUUCUCUUUUCCUGACCCCAACGUAGGGCAGGUGUGGCAGCUCCUCGGCUUCAUAACCAAUGAAAAGCCAAGUGCCAUAUUCAAAAUAUCUGGCCUGAAAGCCGGUGAGGGUGGGGCCCAUCCGUUUGGGAUGAUGGCUGCCCCUCAGGCCCCCUCGGUGGCCCAGGUUGGCGUGUCCAUUGAGGCCCUGGAUCAGCUAGCACAACAGACGCCUGUGUCCAGCGCAGCUGUCUCCACCAUGGACUCCUUUACACAGUUCACACAGAAGAUGCUGGAGAGUCUGUACAACUUUACCUCCUCCUUCGCUCUGUCACAGUCUCAGAUGACGCCAAACCCUUCGGAAAUGUACGUUCCUGCCAGUUCCAUCCUUAAAUGGUAUGAAAACUUUCAAAGGCGAAUGGUGCAGAAUCCAAACUUCUGGAAGACGUGACCUGCUUUUUUUUGGAAAGUUACUGAUUACCAGAACGGCCAAUAGUUAAAAAUAUUAUUGUACACUAAGACAUAAAGACAUUUUGUGCUGUACCAUCCUUGCAAAAUGCAAUUUUAUAUCCCUUACUGCACUGCAGUAUUAAAUGCAGUAUUACUGAUUUUUUUUAAUGAUAUAGACAGUGGGUGAUGUGUUUUUGCUUGGUGAUCAUUUUGAUUUGAUCUAAAGAACAAUUUCUGUUCUGUUCUAAGCGUAUUCAUUGAUCUUGUUUGUAAAAGGCCUUCUUAACCUGCGUCACAAUCGGCUGCAAUUGUUUGAUUUCUUUUUGUGCUUUGGACAAGAGAUACCAAAUCUUUAUCACUCCAUAUUCAUGGUCAACUUUCUAAAACAAUAAACAGAUGGCUGCUUUUAAA